AUGUCACAUAGCAAAAGGGAUGAACUUACGCCUGGUAUAGUAGAAGAACUCCCACUAGAUUUUGUUGGUACGCUUUCUACUGGGUUAGAAAGUGACGAACUUAUACCAGAAGGAGAAGGCGACGAACUAAUACCAGAAGACGAGGAGCUUACUCCAAUGUCAGAAGACGAGGAGCUUAUAACACUUUCAGACGAUGACGAUGAGCUUAUAGCACUUUCAGAUGAUGACGAUGAGCUAAUAACACUUUCAGAAGACGAUGAUGAGCUUAUAUUAAUAUCAGAAGAUGACGAUGAGCUUAUAGCACUUUCAGACGAUAACGAUGAGCUUAUAGCACUUUCAGACGAUGACGAUGAGCUAAUAACACUUUCAGAAGACGAUGAUGAGCUUAUACCAAUAUCAGAAGAUGACGAUGAGCUUAUAGCACUUUCAGACGAUGACGAUGAGCUUAUAGCACUUUCAGACGAUGACGAUGAGCUUAUAGCACUUUCAGACGAUGACGAUGAGCUUAUAACAAUUUCAGAAGAAGAUGAAGGGGAUG